AUUAAAAAGUUUGAAAAGACUGCGCUAUGGCUACUUUGGAAGAUAAAUUACUGGGGGAAAAGCUGGAAUACUAUUGCAGCAGCAGCGAAGGUGAAGACAACGGUGAAGAUGCAGACGAUGCACGGGGCAGCAAAAAGGGGCCUGGAAGCUCCGGGCUAACCAUAGACACAAGUGAUGCACCCGCGGGCGGCUUUCGACAGAAGAGCUCCACUAAUACGGGUCCCAAAGGUGUGGUUAAGGAUUGGCAGCGAUUCAAGCAAUUGGAGGCGGAGCGUCGCGACGAAAGCGAACGCCAGCGUAUAGCACUGGCCAAGAAACUCAGCAUGACUACUUCAACUGCCGCAGAGGAUGAAGAACGCAGAAGACAGGAGGAUUUGGAUGCAGAGUUCGCCGAGCUUAUGAGCGAAGACUUUUUACAGCAAUAUCAAAAGCAGCGCAUGGCCGAAAUGUUGCGCCAAACUGGCCAUCAUCAGCAAUUUGGCAAAGUGCAGCAACUGAGCACCCAUGCGGAGUUUCUUGCCUGCGUGGAGCAGGAGAACAAGCACACUACAAUUAUUAUACACAUAUACGAGAAAGCAUUAACUGCCUGCGCCACGCUUAACAACUGCCUUGAUACGCUGGCCAGCGAAUAUCCGUCCAUUAAGUUUGCCAAGAUCUGCAGCUCGGUGGCAGGCAUGAGUCGUGACUUUCGCACCAAGGGCCUACCAGCGUUGCUGGUGUACAAGGCACAGGCGCUCAUUGGCAAUUUUGUGCGCCUUACGGAUGAUUUAAGCGAUGAUUUCUUCGCUUCCGAUGUGGAGAGCUUUCUUAUUGAGAAUGGCAUUAUAGUUGAUAAGGCUUUGUACAAUUAAAUCAAAUCUCAAGCAAUGGCUAUAAAUUAAGACUAACCAAGCGCUGACCAAAUGAAGUGUUCAAGCAUUAACACCGCAUCGCAGAUAAAUUCGUGAAUCCCACCAAUGGUUUUGCAAUUUAGUAAUGUAUUUAUUUUUUCCAUUCAAUAAUUAGUUACAUUGUAUGUAUGAUUCUUUAAACUUGUAUACAGUUGAUGUGCAACAGAAAAUGUUGAGUUUUUUUUUAUUA